AUGCUUUAAUUAUAAAAAUCAUCUUGGGCCUAAUCGAAUUCACCAAGACAAUUUCGAUAAAAUAGCAGUCCUAGUUCUCCCUCCAUCAGAUCUGACUAGGUUUCAAGACACGAGGAUAUAGAUGAUCAAUGGGAUGUUAUUGUAGAAGACAAUUUUGUAAAGAAAGUGGGAUCGAAUCAAAAUUAAAGAUUUGAGAGUGAUUUCACAGUUCAAGAUCAAGACAAGCGGAAUAUAUUGCAUUAAACAGCUCUUAGAUAGGACGCUAAAAUCCUUGAACUCUUAAUUUAGGAUUAUCAUAAUCUGCUCAAAGAAAAUAAGAAACAAGAUAGAGCCAAACUCUAAAGGAAAGUGUCAUAAAUUAAGAACAACGAAAAUGAAGAUGAAGAAAUAAUAGAAAUUGACUUUGAUUGUGAAGAUUAUGAUUUUUUAGAAUUGUAAGAUUAAGUAAAGAAGUAUGUUCAAUAGCCAGACAUAUUUGGAUGCACUCCCAUAUAAAUUUGCUGUUUUUUAAAUGAUCCCAAGUUCCACUAAAAUAGAUAGGAGUGUUUGAAAAUUUUAAUUGAAAAUGGUUCAGAUGUGAAUGAAGCAAAUCCUCAUAACCUGUGGAGACCACUUCAUUGGUGUUCAUUUUAUGGCGAUGAAGGCAGUGUAAAACUCCUAUUGUAAAAUAAAGCCUUUUCAUUUCUCUGUGAUUAUAACGGAUUAUAUCCUAUGGAUUUAGCAGGCAAGAAUCAACAUAAUGAAGUAUUAGAAGCCCUGAUUGACAAUAUGGUUAUCUUAUUAAAAGAUUGUCAAUUUUUUUGGAAUGGAGAAUUGAUAGGGAAAAAAGAAACUGAGUUCAUUGAAUUUUAAGAGAUCUGUUCUCAUUAUGAAGCAGAACUAUAAAAUCCACUGCUGUAUACCAAAAUCUUAUUCUGGUGUUGCAGAUUUAAAUUCAACAAGUUCAUCAAAACAAUCUUAGAAAAACUGCCAAGAAUUUACAUCAUGUUUCCCAUUAAGUCCUUGGAUUCAUAAACUUGUCUGCAUGCUUGCUGUUUCAGUAGUAAUGCUGAGGCUUUAAAAAUGAUUAUCAAAUUUGAAAUUUUGGAUUUGUCAAUGAUGAAACCUGAUCCAGCAUAAACAAAAAAGCAACUAAAAAGAGAAUAACGAAGAGAAGGAUUCCAUUUUAAAAUAUUAAGCAGUUAUUUAGAAUAAAUAACAAAAACUGAAGUUCCUGGAAUUAAUUAGAUACUAUAAAAGAGAUAUACUUAAAACUAUAAGGAAAGAUAUUAUCAUGAACUCUAGAGAUAUCUAGUAUAGGAUUAAAUUUAUAGACAAGAGCUUGCAAAAGUCAAUUUUAUGCUCUUAAGCCUCAAAGAUCAAAAAGUAGAGAAAUCAUUUUAUGAUUUAACAAAACAGACUUUUUGUAGGAAUGUGCUCAAAAUAAAUGUUAAAGAUAAUCAUGGAAAUACACCAUUGCAUUUGGCAUCUUUAAAUGGAGAUCAAAAUAUUAUUAAAUUUCUCUUAAAUAAAUUUGCUGAUCCAGAAGCUGAAAAUUUUGAAUUUUUUAGAGCUAAACAACUAACAAGAGAUCUUACUACCUAAUUAUAUUAUGAUGGAUUAAUCAAAAAAUAGAAAUAUAUGAUUAGUCAGGCUUAAUUAUUAAGAUCUAUUGAACUUAUAUUCUAAAAGCAUAAGGAAAAAGGAUAAAAGGUUAGCACCAACUUUGAGGAUUAGUAUAAUUUAUCUGAAAAUAUUUAAUAGAAAUCAAAGUAUUAUAGAACGUAGUUGAAGAUAAAAGGGAAAACAUCAAAAUCAAAAAAGAAAUUAUAAACUAUCUCACAGAUAGAGCAGGGUGAAUCAGCCAAACUUUCAGAAUUGAGAACUUCGAAUGCAAAAGAAAAUUCAAAUCUAAUUUAGAAACCAAAAAAGACUAAGAAAGUUACCAAUAAAAUUAUUCCAUUAAAUUUUCAACCUUCAACUUCAAAUAAGAAAUCAAAAAGUUCAUAUGAUCAUUAUGAAUAAUUAAUCCUAUUUUCAAGUUAAUUAUUUGUUCCAGAUAUAGUAUUAAAAUUUGAUUAAUCAGUCAAAGUUAACUUGAUUGAUUAUUUUAAAAAAUCCUCUAUGGUUGAUUAAAAAAAGUUAAUAGAAUAAUAAAUCAAUUUUUAAAUAGAUCUUUUAUAAAAAGCAGAAUUUGAAAUCUAUAUGAUGUUCUCAUUUACUUCAAAAGAUUACAUUUACAUAAUGCUUAGAAUUAAGGAAGAGAAAUUAGAGAGAUUAGCUGAAGAAAUGGAAAUGCAAAUAAAAAUGAUUGAUUCUUAUGAUCUAGAAUAAUUUAAGAUGAAACAAAGAAAUAAAUUUGAACCAUUUCGAUCUAGUCAAAGAUAGAAAAUUGUUUAUGAACAUUUACUGAAAUCAAUCAAUUUAGAAUCAUUAAUGAAAUCUAAAUUAAUCGAUUCUUGUUAUGCUAUGCAUACAUCAGGAGGCAUUUAAAUAGUUAAAAGGGAGUGGUAAAAACUAUCAUUUGGAUUCAUUCCCUAACCAAUCUGUUAGAUAAAAGAUUAUUUAAGCGAAGGCAGUGGAAGGAACUUUACUUCAUUAACAACAAUGAGAUUGUACUUUGGAGAAUAGAUAUCCUUCUUUUUUGCCUGGAUCAGCUAUCUCUCAUGUAUAUCAUUAAUAAUUGCCAUUCCAGGAUUAAUACUGUAAAUUUAUGUCAUUCUAUACGAUUUCCACUCUGAAAUACUGCCAUAUUGGGUAUUGAUUGUGACUAUAUGGUCUACUGUAUAAACAGAAUUGUGGAAAAGAAAGACAUCAGAAAUCAAUACAAGGUGGGGUUGCAUCGAUUAAAUGCUUCAAGCUGAAUCUUCUUAUUAUGAGGGUCCUCUGAAAGAUAAAUUCUCAGGGGACGAAGAAAUAAAUAAUAUCACCAAGAGAUUAACAAAGCAUUAAUAAAUUACUAAAUUGGCAGUUUACUUUGUUAUUUUUUUGAUUUUAUUGGCUGUUUUUCUUUUGGGAAGUUUUGGAAUAGUCUACGGGAUUGAUUUACUAAGGAAAGAGGUUUAGUCAUACAAAGGAGUAGUAUUUUUACUAGGUGCUUUAUAAGCUAUUGCAAUCUAAGUCUUAAAUAUAUUAUUUCAUUAUUUCUCUAAAUGGUAUGCUGAUGUAGAAAAUCAUAAAUUUGAAUUAAGUUACGAAAAAUCUUUAAUUUAUAAGAAUGUAUUCUUUAGGUUCAUAAAUUCAUACAUGCCUUUGAUGUAUAUCAUAGUUACUAGUAAUGAUUAUAAUUUAGAAGAUAUCUUUUAUUUUCUCAUUCCCCUUGUGUUAGUAAAGAAGGCAUAUUACAUAUUAAUUGAUUUCUUGAUUCCUGCUUUAAUCAUUCGAGCUAAGAUUAAAAUAUAUUUCUCAAAAGUCAAGGAAGUUUCAUAAGAUUAAAGAUUUUUUGGAAAAUAGAAGGGAAAAACAUUGAGUUUUUUGGAUGAAAUUGAAUAAUUUUGGACUUAUGAUGAAUUUAGCAAAAAUAAAAAUUCAUAGGCCUAAUCUUAAUCCUAAGAAACUUCAUUUUAAAUAGCAUAUUUAGAAUCAGCUUCUAGAACUGUGCUUAAAGUUGAAAGUGAAGAGAUUUUAGAAGAAAAGUUACAUGAACAAACUUAAAAUCCAAAAUUAGUUUAUCAACCUUUUGAAACUAAGAUCGACACUGAUGCUAUUGAGUUAAACUCGUUUAAAGAUGAAUUUGGAGGUACUUUAGAUUAUUUCAUGGAAGCAGUUACUGAUUAUGGAUAUUUUAUUUUAUUUUCAGCUGCUUUUCCCAUAGGUCCAUUUAUAGGGAUAAUUUUAAAUGUUGUAGAAAUUCAAAUGAAACUUUAUAAAUUAAUAUACAUGACAAAGAGAAUUAAGUCUGAAAGGAUGCCUGGUAUUGGUUAGUGGUUAAACAUUUUAGAAUUUUUAAGUGCCAUAGGAGUAUUUACAAACUUUGUUUUAUUAUAUUUCAAACAUAGAAAUGCAACUCUAAAGAUGUUUACAAAUGAUGUAGAUUAGAUUAUAUAGGAUGAUUUAGAAUUAUGGUAUUUUAUAAGUUGUGUAAUUGCGGUCACUCUAAUAAAAAUAUUAGUUAGAGAAUUAAUACCGGAUAGACCAGAUUGGGUAAUUGAAGAGAUUGAUAAAAUAAAUCAUAGGGAAUUGGUUGAGCAACAAGAAAAGGCAAAGUAAAAAUUGAGAGAUAUGGAGAAGCAUUUUAAAGAAUUGCGAGAUGAAAAUAUUAAAUUGAAAAAAGAAUAAGCCGAUUUAGAGUAAAUUACAGAUUUAAGAAUCAGAUAAUUGGAUGCUGAAAUAAAUAAGUUGGAAUAGUAGUUUUAAAAUAUAUCCAGAUUUAAGAAAAUAGAUAAACUAAUAAUAACUGAGUAUGACAUGAUAGUAUUGAAUGUACUCAAAAAUAGAUAUUAUCAAUUUGAUAAUAUAAUGUUGACAAAAAGAUUGUUAUAGUUUAUAGAAACAAGAUCUUGUAUUAUUUAAAUCUGUUAAGAGUGUGGAAAAUGUCCAGCUAUUCUUGAAUGUUUGGAAUGUUAAGAGAAUUUCUGUGGAUCAUGCUAUUCCAAAGUUCACACAGUCAUCCAAUAAAUGAAACACAAUGUUAAAUUGAAAGUGAAGAAAAAUGAAAUCUCAGAGUAAAUUGAACUAAAUGUAAUUUAAGAUGAAAAAGAACAGAAAUAAGGAGCAUCUGAAUAAUCGAAAUUACUCAAAAAAUAAAUUGGUAUUGCACUUCCAAAAAGAAAUUGGAAGAAAAUUGAAUAUUUCUUCAUACCAUUAUAAAUACAAAGUGGACAACCUAAAUUAAAUGAGUUGUAUAGUCAAUUUGGAGAUUACUAUUUAAAAAGUUCAGGUCUGGAAUUCAGAGAUUUCAGGAUUGUUAUUGAAAAGAUAUUGCCACUAAAAGAUGUAUUAAUUGCAGAAGACUCUACAUUAAGAUUGGAGGACAAAAUCUUUCUUAAUAGAAUUGCUUUUUAAUUAUUUAGAAAGAAAAAACAUUCUGCUGAAAUUUAACAAUUCUUGAGAUAUUGUACAAUUCUAUAAACAGGAUAACUGGAAUAAAGAAUCUUUAUGUUCUUUGAUUUUAUUGAUAUUAAUGAGGAUGACUAAAUUUCAAAAACUGAAUUGGAAGGAUUAUUCCUUGCUUCAUUUGUCUAAGAUUUGAGAACAAAUAAAAGGGUUUAUGAAGUGAUUGAUUAGUUCUUUCCAAACAAUGCACAAAUUAGAAUUAAAAGGGAAGUAUCCUAAGAAUUCUUUAAUAAAGUUAAUAGAAGUGAUGAAUUUCGAACAUUUUUAGAAGCAUUAUUAUAGGUUUAAGGAGUAAAAUGUUGA